AUUGUGUGUAACACAAUGUGUUACAUGUGUCUCCCCCACAACAUGUCCGCUAGUUUGUGUGCGUCUCCUGGUGAAUGACAGCAGGCUUUAUCUUCCGGAGAAACGACACGAUCGACAAACGAUGCUUUUAUUAAGUAGAUUAAUCUUUUGCGAGUCAUUUUUGUUUUUACUUUAGUUUGUUUAUUUUUUCGUGACGAGCUGGACUGUGAACGCUUGCAGGUGAGUACCUUGCCGCGAUGCUGCUCCCCCUGGUCCUCCGACAGUCCCUUUGCCGCCCCGGGGCUUUUGCAGUCCCACCACUGACAUGUCUGAGGACCCUUCACUGUGACCCCAGAAGGCCGCCCCACUUCCUGUGGCGGAGGCUCCCCAUGCGCCCAAACGUUCACAGCCGUGGAGUCAAGAGCCGAAAGAGGCAGAGCCAAGAGGAGCAGAGGAAGACCAGGAACAAGACCGUGCUCACGUACGUCGCCGCUGCUGGCGUGGGCAUGGUUGGCUUGUCAUACGCCGCAGUGCCGCUCUACAGGCUCUACUGCCAGGCGACCGGACUGGGCGGCACGGCGGUGGCCGGCCAUGACACCGACCUGGUGGAGACGAUGGAACCGGUGAAGGAGCGCGUCAUCAAAGUGGCCUUUAAUGCUGACACGCACGCCAGCAUCCAGUGGAACUUCAGGCCGCAGCAGACGGAGAUCUUUGUGGUCCCGGGUGAGACGGCCCUGGCCUUCUACAGAGCUAAGAACCCCACAGAUAAACCCAUCAUUGGCAUCUCCACCUACAAUGUGGUGCCCUUCGAGGCAGGACAGUACUUCAACAAGAUCCAGUGUUUCUGCUUCGAGGAGCAGCGUCUGAACCCUCACGAGGAGGUGGACAUGCCCGUCUUCUUCUAUAUCGACCCGGAGUUUGACAUGGACCCCAAGAUGGCGCGAGUGGACACCAUCAUGCUGUCCUACACCUUCUUUGAGGCCAAGGAGAGUCAGACGCUGCCUGUGCCAGGGUACAGCUACAACUGACCUGUCGUGGAUUACAUGCUGAGAUCACUUCCUGUUAAUAAUAUGUGAUCAUAAUGGAAGAACUUUGAUACUAAAAGACUUUGUGGCAUAAUAAUUGUGUGUCAGUGUCAACAGUCCUCGCUAGUUGAGGAUUCUUAUCAUUAAAUUAUCGUCAAUCAAAGCUGCUAAUUCGUUGAGUUGAU